CUGAAUCGUUUCAGUGAACAAGUACCGGAACCUUCGACCAGCUUAUCUGCUGUCGAUGAUUAUGCUCAGUCAAGCCUCAGUGGUGCCAGUAUUUCUUUUGAGUCACCCAAAGAAAAAUCAUCUCCAAUCUAUGAAUAUGUUUCGCGUAUGCCAACAUACCGGCGACGCUCCAUUCACCCCGACCGGCCUGGGUUGGACAGUCCUUACACGGAUUUUAUGCUCCCUGAAACCAGAUCCACCGUAUCUUCGACAGGAUAUUACAAACAGUCGAAAUACCACAAACCAAUGGGAUCUUACUCUGUGAAGUCAUCGAUCGGUGUGAGAUCCGUGAACUGGUUACGUAUUCCGUUUUCUUUGACACUUUCGUUUGUUGGCGCGCUGUGGUACACGGUGACAAGCGGUUUUCGUCGCCUGAAAAGCUCUUCGGCACUCGGUCACAUCUCAUUCCGUUUGAUCGCUUGCCUGUUUCUCGUUGGAUUAUUGGUUUUGCUUGUCACCAAGCUACUCUAUGGGGAUCCGUUUUAUCACAACCCGGUGAAUGAUUUACGCGGUUGGAUGCAACGUCGACGUGCUUAG